UAGCCUGCAUGUCGACAAAUGUUCGGUGUUGCAAUGCGAGCAAAAUCUAGCCAAUCUUAGACAGACUAGCUAAUUUAGCUGGUUUGCGAAUCUCGUAAGGACAGCAACAUUUUGAAAGAUGUUGAUUUGUCUUCGACAUUGCUUGCUGGUGCUACGUAGCUAGCUUGCUAGCUUCGAUUGCAUAUUUCUUUAACGGGACUAAAAGUGUUUGAGUUAUCUCGCUGGCAAACGUUAACAAUGCAAGGCAACGUUAACUUUUAUUUAUUUGCUAGCUAGCUAGCCACACAUGAAAUAACUUUUCAUUUAUUAGAGCAGUUAGCUGGCUAUUUUGUUAGCUAACUGCUUAAUUCAGCAUCGAUAGGUAAUUUAAACGCCCUCCCACCAAUUGAAAAAAUGAAGAGGACCGAAAAUAAAAUUAAACGAAAACUCUGCAAUUCGGAUCAGCAGGGAAGCGGGACCGAUGAAAAGGAUGCGAAGGAGUUUGCGGCCCCCCCUCCCCUGCUGUUCCGGAAGCUCAGUAACCCGGACCUGUCCCCCGCGGCGGGGAAGACCAAGCUGCACCGGCAGCUGAGCCAGGACGACAGCCGCGCUCGCCGCAGCAGCAUGGCCAGCGGGCUGACCGGGAAGCAGCUCUUGCCGCUGUCCAGCAGUAUGCACAGCGGGGUCAGCCAGCUGGAGCCCAACAACAUGGUGCGGAUGAGGAACCAGUCGCUCGGCCAAUCGGCGCCCUCGCUGACAGCUGGAUUGAAGGAGCUGAGCCUUCCGAGAAGGGGCAGUUUCUGUCGGACCAGCAACAGGAAGAGUCUGAUUGUGACGUCCAGCACCUCGCCUACCCUGCCUAGACCUCACUCGCCACUUCAUGGACACCCAGGGAGCAGCCCUCUGGACAGCCCCCGGAACUUUUCCCCCAACACCGCGGCCCACUUCUCUUUCGUCCCGGCCCGCAGUCACGGGCACAGGGCUGACAGGACAGAUGGCCGUCGCUGGUCUCUGGCCUCCCUGCCUUCCUCUGGAUAUGGCACCAACACGCCCAGCUCCACAGUCUCGUCAUCAUGUUCAUCCCAGGAGAAGCUGCACCAGCUGCCCUUCCAGCCCACGGCCGAUGAGCUGCACUUCCUCACCAAGCACUUCAGCUCGGAGAGCAUCACGGACGAGGAGGGCCGCCGCUCGCCCGCCAUGCGCCCCCGCUCCCGCAGCCUCAGCCCUGGCCGGUCACCCAUCUCCUUCGACCAUGAGAUCGUCAUGAUGAACCACGUGUACAAAGAGCGCUUCCCCAAGGCCACGGCUCAGAUGGAGGAGCGCCUGGCGGACUUCCUUGCCUCCUCCAUGCCGGAGAAGGUGAUGCCCCUGGCCGACGGGGUCCUGAGCUUCAUCCACCAUCAGGUGAUCGAGCUGUCCCGGGACUGCCUGGACAAGUCCCGCGAGGGCCUCAUCACCUCCCGCUACUUCUACGAGCUGCAGGAGAACCUGGAGAAGCUGCUGCAGGACGCGCACGAGCGGUCGGAGAGCGCCGAGGUCACCUUCGUCACCCAGCUGGUCAAGAAGCUGAUGAUCGUCAUUGCGCGGCCUGCCCGCCUGCUGGAGUGCCUGGAGUUCGACCCAGAGGAGUUCUACCACCUGCUGGAAGCUGCAGAAGGCCAUGCCAAAGAGGGCCAGGGCAUCAAGUCAGACAUCCCCCGUUACAUCAUCAGCCAGCUCGGCCUCACCAGGGAUCCCCUGGAGGAAAUGGCCCAGCUGAGCAGUUACGACAGCGGCAACCCAGACACCCCAGAGACAGACGACUCUGUGGAUAGCCGUGGUGCCACGGUGCAGGCAACCACACCCAAGAUAAAGACUCCCCGUGAGGAAGACUUUGAGAACAUCAAGCUGAUCAGCAACGGCGCCUAUGGCGCCGUGUACCUGGUGCGGCACAAAGAGACCCGGCAGCGCUUCGCCAUGAAGAAGAUCAACAAGCAGAACCUGAUCCUCAGGAACCAGAUCCAGCAGGCCUUCGUGGAGCGGGACAUCCUCACCUUCGCCGAGAACCCCUUCGUGGUCAGCAUGUUCUGCUCCUUCGAGACGCGCCGGCACCUCUGCAUGGUCAUGGAGUAUGUGGAAGGUGGAGACUGCGCCACUCUGCUGAAGAACAUCGGGGCUCUGCCUGUGGACAUGGCACGCAUGUACUUUGCUGAGACGGUUCUGGCGCUGGAAUACUUGCACAACUAUGGCAUCGUCCAUAGAGACCUCAAACCUGACAAUCUCCUUAUCACCUCACUGGGACACAUCAAACUGACAGACUUCGGGCUCUCCAAGAUCGGCCUGAUGAGCCUCACUACAAACCUCUAUGAAGGUCACAUUGAGAAGGAUGCCCGCGAGUUCCUGGACAAGCAGGUGUGCGGUACGCCGGAGUACAUCGCCCCGGAAGUGAUCCUGCGGCAGGGCUACGGCAAGCCGGUGGACUGGUGGGCCAUGGGCGUCAUCCUGUACGAGUUCCUGGUGGGCUGCGCACCCUUCUUCGGGGACACGCCCGAGGAGCUCUUCGGCCAGGUCAUCAGCGACGAGAUCAUCUGGCCGGAGGAGGACGAGGCCUUGCCCCCAGACGCCCAGGACCUCAUCUCCAAGCUGCUGCGGCAGAACCCCCUGGACCGCCUUGGAACAGGCAGUGCCUUCGAGGUAAGGCAGCACCGCUUCUUCAUUGACCUGGACUGGAACAGCCUGCUGAGACAGAAGGCGGAGUUCAUCCCCCAGCUGGAGUCUGAGGACGACACCAGCUACUUCGACACCCGCUCAGACAGGUAUCACCAUGUGGACUCUGAAGAGGAAGAGGACACGAAUGAUGACGAGCAUGUGGAGAUCCGCCAGUUCUCCUCCUGCUCUCCUCGAUUUAGCAAGGUCUACAGUAGCAUGGAGCGUCUGUCCCUCCACGAGGAGAAGAGGACGCCCCCGCCGACAAAACGCAGCCUGAGCGAGGAGGGGGGCGACCGCAUCGACAGCCUCAGCGGCCUCAAGUCGCGCGACCGCAGCUGGAUGGUGGGGUCCCCGGAAAUCCUGCGGAAGCGUCUCUCUGUGUCAGAGUCAUCCCACACGGAGAGCGACUCCAGCCCUCCGCUGACGGUGCGCCGGCGCUGCUGCUCCGCCAUCAUCGAGAUGCCCCGCUUCGCCAUAUCCGCCGAGGACGAGGGGGCCGGCAACAGGAAGAGCCCCGCCCUGCUGCCCCAGACUCCGGCCAGGGGCCCGAGGGGCGAGGAGCUGCCCCUCUCCAUCCCGGAGCUGCCUGUGGAGAGGGAGCUUAAGCUGGACGAGUCGCCCACCACCCCUGGCUCCACCGCCAGCCAGCUGAGCAGGGCCACCCUGACCCCGGGCAGCUCCGGGGACGUGUGGGACCGCUCGUCUCCCCGCUGCAGCAGCACCGAGGGGGCAGACAGCUCCACCCCCAAGGCCAUCAGCGACCUGGCGGCCCGCCGCGCCCGCCACAGGCUGCUCUCGGGCGAGUCGGUGGAGAAGCACACCUCCCGACCCCUCAACAAGGUCAUCAAGUCGGCCUCCGCCACCACGCUGUCGCUCAUGAUCCCUGCAGAGCACCACGGAGCCUCCCCUCUGGCCAGCCCCAUGUCCCCCCACUCCCUCUCCUCCAACCCCUCUUCGAGGGACUCCUCCCCCAGCCGAGACCUCUCCCCUGCCAUCUCCAGCGCCAAGCCCGCCAUCGUCAUCCACCGCGCCGGCAAGAAGUACGGCUUCACCCUGAGGGCCAUCCGGGUCUACGUGGGGGAGACGGACAUCUACACUGUGCAGCACAUGGUGUGGCACGUGGAGGAGGGCGGCCCUGCGCAUGAGGCGGGGCUGAGGAAGAGUGACCUCAUCACCCAUGUCAACGGGGAGCCUGUGCACGGCCUGGUGCACACCGAGGUGGUGGAGCUCAUCCUCAAGAGCGGCAACAAGGUGUCCAUCUCGGCCACGCCUUUUGAGAACACGUCUAUCAAGGUGGGCCCCGCCAGGAAGUCCAGCUACAAGGCCAAAAUGGCUCGCCGCAACAAGAAGACCAAGACCAAGGAGGGCCAGGACAGUAAGAAGAGGAACUCUCUGUUCCGGAAGAUCACCAAGCAGGCCUCUCUCCUGCACACCAGCCGCAGUCUCUCCUCCCUCAACCGCUCCCUGUCCUCCGGCGAGAGCGUUCCUGGGUCCCCCACCCACAACCUGUCCCCCCGCUCCCCCACGCAGGGCUACCGCUCCACCCCUGACUCCGCGCACUCUGUUGGAGGGAACUCAUCCCAAAGCAGCUCCCCCAGCUCCAGUGUACCCAACUCCCCAGCCAGCUCCGGCCACAUCCGACCCAGCUCCCUGCACGGCCUGGCCCCCAAGCUGCAGCGGCAGUACCGCUCCCCCCGCCGCAAGUCCGCCGGCAACAUCCCCCUGUCCCCGCUGGCCCGCACACCCUCGCCCACCCCGCAGAGCACCUCCCCGCAGCGCUCGCCCUCCCCGCUGCCCGGCCACGCCCUGGGCGGCUCCUUCCCCGUCAAGCUGCACUCCUCCCCGCCGCUGGUGCGGCAGAUCUCCCGGCCCAAGAGCGCCGAGCCGCCCCGCUCGCCGCUGCUCAAGCGGGUGCAGUCGGCGGAGAAGCUGGCGGCCUCGCUCUCCUCCUCCUCCUCCUCCCCGUCCCCGUCCUCCGCCGCCGACAAGAAGCUGCCCGUCGCCUCGCGCAAGCACAGCCUGGACAUCUCGCACGCCGAGUUCAAGAAGGAGAUGAUGCAGAGGGACCCCAGCCUGCAGAGCCUGCAGGAGUCGGCCAGCGAGGGCUUCCUGGGGAGCAGGGUGGCCCCCGCCGAGAAGGGCAGCCUGCAGAAGCACUCCUCCCGCAAGCUGGGCCGGCAGGAGGGUCCCGACAGCGGGGCGGGGACGGGGGCCGGCGCGCUCGGGCUGGCCUCCGGCAAGAGCAAGCUGAAGGACAAGCUGUCGGCCAUCCGGCAGGACCGGGCGGAGAGGCGCGAGUCCCUGCAGAAGCAGGACGCCAUCCACGAGGUGGACUCCUCCGAGGACGAGACGGACGAGGGCUCCGAGGACAGCCAGGACGGCAGGAGGUUGGGCUGCUGGGGGGACAGCAGGCACAAGAGCUCCAGCAAGGAGGAGGACCCUUUCGCCCCUCCGGGCUCCGUGCUCAGGCCCACCACGGUGAUGGCCGCCCCCUCGCUCCGAACAGGCCCGGCGGCCUGCCCCGCCCUGUCCCUCUCCGCCUCCGCGCAGGUUUACUGCACCGCCCCGCACCUGAGCCGGCAGCACCAGGCUCCGGCGGAGCAGAAGCCGGCCCCGAGCACAGCACCCCUCCCGCCGGGUGAGAGAGCCGGUGGUCCUGCGGCAUCCGCCGAGGAGGCGGAGCAGAAGAUCGGGAAAGCGCAGGAGGUAGCGCUUGGCACCAAAUCCGCUGCGGUCCAGGAAGGGCCGCAGAGCAAGCUGCCCUGCACUUUCGCCACCCCGGGCAGCGCCUUCACCUCGGUCAGCAAGGAGCCCUUCCAGAAAACAGCUGCUCCCCCGGCACCUGCCCCAGCUCCCUUUGUGGACUGGAAGACCCCCAAGGUCCCAGAUCCCAGGGGGAAGAGCAGUCCGGGGGCUAAGACCGAGGACAAGACCUUAAAAACCAGCUGUGUGCCUGAUACCCAACUCAGCACCCCGCCCACAGACAGCAGGGAUGCGCCCACCACCUCCACAGGGACCAGCAAAGAGAAGAAGGAGGCCGACAACAGGAGGCAGGCCCUGAGCGCCGCGGCCCCUCCCCUCGUCUCCGAGAGCGGCGUGGACAAGGUGGUGUCGCAGCUGGCCACUGUGGCUAAGAGCGUGCUGGGUCCGGUCAAACUCAGCAUCCCGGGCGCCAGGGAGGCUUUUGAGAAGUCCAAAGAGCUGCGCCCUUCGGACCCCCCUCACCCAAAGAUCAAGGAGCAGGAGAAGCCCGGCACGCCGCUGGAAACGGCUCCCUGCAGCCCUCAGCCCCCCCGCCUGCCCGAGUCGCCCCCCAGACACACCCCCCCCAAAACUGAGCCAGCCGCUGCUCCCCAGAGGCCCUCGGACCCCGCGCUGGACAGGAAGAGGCCGGCGCCCGCCAAAGACUGCGCCCAGGCCGCCCCCGAGCCUCCGGAGAGGGCGGGGUCUCUGCGCAGCGGCCGGGACGCCCCCCAGCAGAGGCAGGCGGCGCCGGCCCCCAGCGCGAUGGAGCAGAGGAGGAGGCCGGACGCCCCCGCCCAGCCCAAACCUGCAGCGGCACCACACGACAAAAUGUGCAAGAAAACGUAGCAGCAUCACUGCAAAACACAAACGAGACUCUUGGCUUGAGAUUUUAAUUAAGGAAUGCAUGUUGGAGUAACAAAACAAAGAGACACUCUACAGUACACUAAUCUGAGAGAUGUUAGCUGUUAUAAAAAAAAAAAAAGAGGAACCCAACUGUUCCAUUCCGGAUUGUUUGUGUUUUAUGUUUCAUAUCCGAUUGAAAUCUGGACUGUGUAACUGUUCUUUUUGAUCGAUUCAUGUUCUCGUGACGUCAGAGUUUCUCUCUGCAAGCGACGGGGCUAGAAAUAAACAGCUGGGUUUAACUGGUCCUUUCAGAGAGGAAAAAAAUCUCUCACUAAACAUCUUUCCUGAAUUCACUUUGUCAUUGCUCUCCACUCUGAAUAUAUUGUCUGAGCCCACGUUUGUUCCUAGCUAAUAGAACUGGUUGUGCCUUAAUGAAUACAAUAUUUCAUACUCAUUUGCAUGUUUUUCCAAGAGCAACUUCUGGGGAAAAAAAGGAUGUAUCUCAGCAAUAAGUAGCGUAUGCUUAGCAAUUUGUAUAAAUACAUCAAGUUAAUGAAAAACUUGUAUCUCCACUGUUCCAUCAGCACUAAGCAACCUAAUUACAUUUUUUCCCAUUAUUGCCUCAUAAGUUUCACAUUGCAUUUUUACCGGUAGCGCAAAACAAAUUAGAAAUAACUGUAGAUUUUAAAGUGAUGGAAUAAGUAGCUUACAGGCAGUGUCAGUGUGUGCAGUGCUUCAUGUUAGAAUGUCUCGCAAACACAUGAAUGUUGCCGCAUCGUUCGCCGCCGUGUCACGGUCAGAAUAUACUGUAUGUGAGUUUUUUUUAUCUGUUGUGUUAGGAGGAUAGCCUAGCUGUCACCAUUGCCUGCUGUGUCUGGUCUCACAGCAUGAUACCCUUUCAAGAAAAAAAUUAAUCUUUUUGUAGUAUGUUUUUAAUGAUAUAGUGAACCAUUAAAAAAAAGAUAUGUUUCAUACGAGAGCUUGUGGUAGACUACAGAGUAGGGGAGGUGUUUCUCUGCCCAUCAUAGAUCAUUCUGUCUGAAGAUAUGAAUAAAUUGUCCCAUUCCGCUGCUGUGGUAUAAGGCCGGCUGCACCUAUGUCAGCAUGUGAGGGCAGUCUCACUGGAUGUGGUAUCGCGGGUCUCUCUGCUGGUCUGGGCUCUUUUGGAGUUAGAGUAGGAGAGCGGGAGGCUCUGGAGAAUAGCCUGUUGCAGCCACUUUAGUUCUGUGCUCCUCCAGCCCAUAGGGGGCGCCUCUCUUCCUUACACAACCUGACUGCCCAGUCUCUGGGCUGACUGUCACUCAUUGACACUGACAGUAAGGAAGGGGGUUCACUCCCCGGUACACAGGGCCAGGAAACAGCGUGGAGAAUGAAGGGUGUGUGCAUGAACCAGGCCAACAGGGUGUGAUGCAUCGAUGAACAUAGCUGGCAGCAGCCAGCAAUGAUAACAGAACAACUUCAAAAGUUCAGAAGGACCACUGUCUUUAUUUCUAGCCCCUGCUUUUUAUCAGCCACUUUUCCUGACCUUUUCUUUGUCGUUGUUUUAUAUCUGGACCAACUUGCUGUGUUCUUUCUCCUGUGAUUGAUUCUUAUUUUGUAUGGUUAGCAGACUUUAUACAUGUGUACGUAUGUGCGUGAUCGUGAGUGUGUGUGAGUGUGGGUGUGCGUGUGUACACAUAUCUUUGUGAUUUUGUUUUUUUUUUUCACCUUGCCGUGUUCAGAGAGCGUGCGUGUAUCUGAAUAGCUUGUGUCACUGCAUCCAGCAGCUUGCUUCCCUCUGUAAAAGUGUUGGAAGGGUUUGCUGGGCUUGAGUGGCUUUUGCACAUACCUUUUUUUUUGUCAUUUGGAAUUUAAUAAAAGGGAGGCCAGUCAGAAGCCUUGGCAUUGUUUAGGUCCAGAUUUUGGCCUUUGCUGAACACCACUAUCACUUUGCUUUUCUGCAGCUUUCAGUGUUUACGCCCCCUCAACACAAUACACCACCCAGCUCCCCGAGUCAGUACCCCCGGCCAGAAUCCACAGCCGAAGCUAGAGUGCGAUUCAUUCAUUCACUGUGAGAGCGGGUGUUUUUUUUUUUUUUUUUUUGCCCACGACAGGAAAUAAAGAUCUCCCCAGUGAGUUCUGGCCUGCUCCCCCCCUGAGGCGUGCGUUUGAGCUCAGAGACGUGUAAAGCGGAGGGAACCGCUGACAGCCACUCGCAUGACCAGGCGACGCUUAAACAUCGCGCGCAUGCUGCGGCUGUGUCUGUUGGCUCCUUUUGCUGUCGGCUGUAAGCACAUUCUGCCAGCCAGCCAGACCCUGGCUUAUGAAAACCCAGCCCUACUGAAGCUCUGCACACUCCUUUAUCACAGUGUAACAGCGGUACCUAGUCUUCCUGCCUUUGAGAUUUUUAAGCAAUUUGUCAUCUUGUCUGCGUUUAUGCCGCAUUAAACGAGCACUGAAAUGUAACAGUUUUGGAAUGCUACACAGCGGCGGUUCCGUUCCGGUUUGUGUUUCCGCGGGUUGCAUCAGACAUCUCAGUGGAUCAUUCCUCACUUUCUCUCUCUAAUAGAGGCAUGACUAUUCUAUUGAUAUGGACAGCUUCGUUUAAAAUGGGCUAAAAUCUAGGCGUAUUGAUAUAUAACAUGAAAUAUAAAUUUAAGCUUGUUUGUCCUCUUGUAGUACUUUUAUUAGAAGCCUGAGCUGAAUACUUGGGACAGAGCUCAGUGGAAUUGAUUCUGAUUCUGAGACAGACGUUGUUCUAACUACACCUUUACUGUGAUGAAUACUGUUUGUGAUCUCCAGCCAGUUAGUCUGCAGGUGAGCAGUUGACUGUUGUGUCACAUACUGAAACUGGCUUCAUUAAGAUUCCGGUUGUUUGAAUGAGGACUGUUUUAUUUUACUCGAGGCAGUGUGAGAGGCGAAUUUCAGAAAAUCUGCCCUCCUCCCCUCAUAAAUAUGAGUUCAGAAAGUCCAUGAGAGAAGGAUUUGCUUUGUCAUUAUAUUGGUCAGCUCUCAUUCAUACACACCCAUCAGUAGAAUCUCAGAUGUUCUGAACAUCAGCAGGUCAGUGAUCCACAGAAACCCCAGCCCCUCUAGCUUCAGAAGACCAAAGCUCCACAAGAACUGUGCGAUCCCAAGUAAACCCCCCACCCCCUACUCCAGCACACAAAAACAGCCUUUGAUAAAGUUUACAAUCGUGGUAGAGGAGUACACGUGGUCUGUACAUAGCGUGAGUCGUGUUUGUCUUUAACCUAGUGUAGCCGAGCGUGAGAGUGUGGUGUUUAGGUAUGACUGUUGCUCUGGGGGGUCGUGUUUUACAGCUCCCACUCAAAUUCACUCUGACGCCUCUGUCGCCACAAGGCCUGUCGGGUCUUUGCAGUUAAAGAUUAAUCAACUGAAAGUCCGUAAGGUUUUCACUGCAUUUAAAAAAAAAAAAUUGCCUAUGAUUAUAUCUUUUACCCGAAGCGAUAUCCAAUAUCCCAAGGAUCUGAUCAGUAGGCGUUUCGCCCUGGUGGGUAUCAUGUCAAGAUGAAAUAUCUUACAGGAUACCAUAUUGUUCCCUGUCAGUAGAGUGCCAGUGGUAGUUUUAUUAGCCGCGCGGGGCUGUGAUGGGAAUUUCAGCCACUGCAGGGCAACUCAACUGAUGUACGGUCCGUGUGGGAAGUAGAGACACCCCAG